GGUGCGCCCCCAGUAGCAAAUCGGCUUUAACUCCUCACCAGUAGCCGACAUCAGCUCUGAGGAGCGGGGCGUGGACUCAGACUAACCAUUCUCUGCCCUUAAAUUUGAGCGGAGGACCGACGAGGGAAAAAACACAGAAACCCGACAAGACUUCGACUGUCCUGCUGCUGCCUCUGCAGCCUACAUGCUCCUGAUCUUGAGUCCUGUGAGGUCACUGACAGUACAGCAUGGAUGACAUCUUCACACAGUGCAGGGAAGGAAACUCUGUGGCCGUUCGUCUGUGGUUGGACAACACAGAGAAUGACCUCAACUUAGGGGAUGACCAUGGCUUCAGCCCUUUGCACUGGGCCUGCAGGGAGGGUAGGAGUGGUGUUGUUGAUAUGCUCAUCAUGAGAGGUGCACGCAUCAACGUAAUGAACCGUGGAGAUGAUACUCCACUGCACCUGGCUGCCAGUCACGGACACAGAGACAUUGUGGCGAAGUUGAUCCAGUGCAAAGCUGAUCCUAAUACAUUUAACGAACAUGGAAACACACCACUUCACUACGCCUGCUUUUGGGGUCAGGAUGAAGUCGCAGAGGACCUGGUGGCCAGUGGUGCCCAGGUGUGUGUGUGUAACAGGUAUGGACAGACACCUCUGGACAAGGCCAAGCCUCACUUACGACAAUUACUUCAAGGAAAGGCAGAAAAAUUGGGCCAGAAUUUGACCAAGGUCCCCUACAAGGAAACUUUUUGGAAGGGCACCAUGCGAACAAGACCUCGUAAUGGUACCAUCAACAAGCAGGCUGGUAUUGAUUAUAAGCAGCUUUCACUCUUGGCAAAGAUCAAUGAAAACCAGUCUGGAGAGUUAUGGCAGGGUCGGUGGCAGGGAGAUGAGAUUGUCGUGAAGGUGCUACAGGUGAGAGACUGGACCACGAGGAAGAGCAGAGACUUCAAUGAAGAACAUCCCAAACUCAGGAUAUUUUCUCAUCCAAACAUCCUGCCUGUUCUUGGAGCCUGUCAGUCGCCCCCAUCCCCUCACCCUAUCAUCAUCACUCACUACAUGCCAUAUGGAUCUCUCUACAACAUACUCCACCAGGGCACUACUCUGGUGGUGGACCAAAACCAAGCAGUCAAGUUUGCCCUGGAAAUUGCCAGUGGCAUGGCGUUCCUCCACACCUUAGAACCAAUGGUUUCACGGCUUUACCUCAACAGCAAGCACAUCAUGAUUGAUGAAGACAUGACAGCCAGGAUAAGCAUGGCAGACGCAAAGUUCUCCUUCCAGUGUCCGGGUCGUAUGUACUCCCCUGCGUGGAUGGCUCCUGAAGCCUUGCAGAAGAAGCCUGAAGACAUCAACAGGAGAUCUGCUGACAUGUGGAGCUUUGCUGUGUUACUAUGGGAGCUGGUCACCAGGGAAGUGCCCUUUGCUGACCUCUCACACAUGGAGAUAGGCAUGAAGGUGGCUCUCGAGGGUCUUCGACCUACCAUUCCCCCAGGGAUCUCACCUCACAUUUGUAAACUAAUGAGACUCUGCAUGAACGAAGACCCAGCCAAGAGACCAAAGUUUGACAUGAUCGUCCCCAUCCUGGAGAAGAUGCAAGACAAGUGACGAGACAGUUAAUCUGCAACAACUUUUACACUUUUACUCUUCUUUUUUUUAAUAAUCAAACCACUUUUAGCCUUCACUACAACAAUGUAUCUGCUCAGCUGCUGUAAAUAAUAUUAGAGACCACUUUAGCUCCACGGAUGAAGAUGCUUUACUUGUAUUAUUUAAAUUGAGAUAAAAAUGAUCUUUGGUGUACACAUGAGCUAUUUUAUUGUAUACCUUGUUAAGAUAGUUAGGACUUUAUGUGUGGUUUUGCAAGUUGAUGACACAUAGUCAGUGCUGGGCUAAGAAAACACGCAGACACAUGAACACUUCAUCUUCACUGGGGUUGGGAGUUUCUAAGUAAAUUGAUUUUCUUCUAGGACUGUGGUGCAAGAGAUUAAGAGACUCACAAACAGACAAACUUUUUUUUAGGUUUUCCAAAUUUCAGAACAUGUUUUAUUGGGUUUCCCCUUUGUCCGUUUCUGUAUCUAUAUUUUUGGAUAAAAGUUACCUACAUGUCCUUGGCUGCUUCUUUGCCCAGGACUCCAAUAAGGUUAAAACUUAAAUUUUAAAUAUGCACAAACAAUUAUGAUAGCUAUGUGUCAGUAGCCUGAAAGCUGAUUAAAAGAAUUGUGUGUAAAAAAAAUCCCGGCUAUAUACACAUGCCAACAAAUGCCAAUGCAAUAAAUCUUUAUAUUUAUAAAAAUC